UCCGUCAGGCGGCGCUACCCACUUUUCCCCGAAGCUCUCUGGCUACGACAGCGGGCCCUUCUUUCCCUUUACCUCUACUUACUCUCGUUGGACAAUCCCUCGUGUAGUCAUCACUCUUCGUUCACACAAGUGUGUGCGUUUUUGUUAGUCCCUUGUGACCAUCUGUGGCGUGGAAAUACUAAAAUAUGAAUGAUGUCCGUGGGAAAUUGCAUUUCAAUGCGUGAAAUGAAACGUUUGCCCGCCGAUCUCCUCCAUUCUUGUGAAACGAAGCCCCGCCCAAUGCGGUAGUCUCGCCAUUUCAGAAUCUGUGAUUGGACAUGCUGACUGUCAAUCCUAAACUGUCCUGAUGGGCAUUGUAGUUUUUUUUGUCGACCGUACGAGUACAAUUUUCCCCGAGCCUUUUUCAUUUAAUUUUCAGUAUAAUUUUAAGUUAUGCAAUUUUAAGUUAGCUACUUUAUGUGCUUUGUCGGAUAUUUAGAAUAAUUUAGGCGUACAUACAUUGUUGCUUUGUUUGUUUAAAAAGAAACGUUGACACUGUGUUGGCUAACCGUAUAUGUCCAUAACCCAACGUCAAAGUACCACUGAGGUAUUCAUUGUGAUUUUCGUCAUAUUUUCUUUAGUACCGUAGUGUGGACUCGAAACCCCCAAUAACUCAUUUUCCCAGUAACCCUUGCGAGCUUUACGUCGUUGUGCGUCAACUCCCCAGUCCCCCCACCAUCACCGUUCUACAGAGGAAGAAAGGGGGAGACGGGCUACCUAUACAGAACGCUUUCACACAAAUAUGAGCGGCAGCGGGCGGCCCAGGACCAGCUCAUUCGCUGAGCCUCCCGGAGCUCCCGGAUCCGCUGCAGCCGGUGCCGGAUCAGCAGUAGCCGGUGGAAGCUCGACAGGAAAAACUGGGGCUUCACAAGCCAGUGGAAGCAGCUCGGCGAGCUUUGGGAAUUUGAAACUGCCUAGAGACAGUGGCAAGGUGACAACGGUGGUAGCCACACCUGGCCAGGGCCCCGAUCGCCCACAGGAAGUGUCCUAUACAGACAUAAAGGUUAUAGGAAAUGGCUCCUUUGGAGUGGUCUACCAGGCUCGGCUCAUCGACAGCCAGGAGAUGGUGGCAAUUAAGAAAGUUCUCCAAGACAAGAGGUUUAAGAAUAGGGAGCUGCAAAUUAUGAGGAAAUUGGACCACUGCAACAUUGUGAGGCUACGUUACUUCUUCUACUCCAGUGGAGAAAAGAAAGAUGAGGUGUAUUUGAAUCUGGUGCUGGACUUUGUCCCUGAGACAGUGUACAGGGUGGCUCGGCAUUUCAACAAGGCCAAGACCACCAUCCCCAUCAUCUAUGUUAAGGUGUACAUGUACCAGCUGUUCCGCAGUCUGGCUUAUAUCCAUUCCCAGGGUGUGUGUCACAGAGACAUCAAGCCCCAGAACCUCCUGGUGGACCCAGAGACGGCCAUCCUCAAACUCUGUGACUUUGGAAGUGCAAAGCAGCUAGUUCGGGGGGAGCCAAAUGUGUCCUAUAUCUGCUCACGGUACUAUCGUGCCCCAGAACUCAUCUUUGGUGCCACCGAUUACACGUCCAACAUUGACAUCUGGUCGGCCGGCUGUGUGCUGGCUGAGCUGCUGCUGGGCCAGCCCAUCUUCCCUGGGGACAGUGGUGUGGACCAGCUAGUAGAGAUCAUCAAGGUCCUGGGGACACCAACAAGGGAGCAGAUCCGGGAGAUGAACCCUAACUACACAGAGUUCAAAUUCCCUCAAAUCAAAGCACACCCUUGGACAAAGGUGUUUAAGCCUCGUACCCCACCAGAGGCCAUUGCCCUCUGCUCUCGACUGCUGGAAUACACGCCGGUAACCAGGCUGUCUCCCCUGGAAGCGUGUGCGCACGCUUUCUUCGAUGAGCUGCGUCAGCCCAAUACCCGCCUGCCCAGCGGACGAGAACUGCCACUCCUCUUCAACUUCAGUCCCGUUGAGCUGUCUAUCCAACCCCAGUUGAACUCCACACUCAUUCCUCCUCACGCUCGUGCACAGACAUCGCCUGCCUCACAUGAGGGCAGUGUGUCAGACAGUACCGCUCAGCCCAGCUCAGCACCUGGAUCCAUCAACAACAGCACCUGAGCAUCCAUCCCUCUGUCAUCCUUUCUUUUUGUCUUCCCCAUUUUCCUUUUCUAUCCUCUGCUCUUCACCCUCUCAACCUUCCUCCUGGCUCCAAACCCUUAAAAUAGAAAAGAAAUAACUAUACACACCCACAUAAACACUCAGCUUAGCUAUUUUCCCUGAAUUUUAACCAUUUACAGUAGAAAGCAAUUUCUGUGGCUGCUAGCUUCAGGAAGGUGUUUGGUUGUUUUAUGGUUAUUUAGGUAUCCACGCUUGGGCUUAAUAUAAGCUGCAGUUCAAAGUCUAUGGUGUCCCUCGUCUGGCCUGUUAGAAUAAAGAAAAUGUACGUUGGUUGGGAUGUUGGGGAGAUGAGGGGAGUUGUACAUGUUAUGUGGAUUUUCUGUAUUAUAAUCUACAGUUGACUUUUAUCCCUUUUUUAUGUUCAUUUUAUUUGCAUUAGCGCAUUUUAUGUGUGGCCGUGGUGCCAUUGAAUGGGGUCCUGAUUGGCUAUGGAGAAUGAGGGCCAUGUGUAAGGCCUGACUAAUGUUGACAAUCAUCCUUAGUGGGGUCAAAAAUGACACCCUUGUAGUGUACAUGUUUGAUCGUACAACCCACUGAACUCUUCUCAAGUAUUGUCAGUUCACCUAGCCCAAUGGUGAACAAAUGUAAAGAUUUUUUUUUAAUCUCCGAGUUUGAUACCAGACAGAACAUAUUGGCUGAUUUUGGCUCAUUUUAGAUAGAGGUGGUUUUAAAUUUUAUUACAAAGGAGGGCACCACAGCCUGUCUUUACUUUACGCGUGUUUUUGAAUAUUUGCUCCUCAACUGCCUUUUUAUGUGAAUGAGAGGGAGCAGAGUGCACAUUUUCAGUUUCUUCUGUAUAAGCUCAUGUUUGCAUUGGUUAAGCUGGAAACCAUGCGUUUCAUGUUAAUUCUUAAGUGAGUAAUGCGCAUCUCCAAAGGGAGUAAAGAGGAAGCAAAGGGGCAAGUUAUAUGUACUGUCCAGCUGUUAACAUAACUUCACACAGAGGGAGCAGUUGGUAUGGGGCUCCAGUUGCAUCUGAUACAGAAGCCUCAAUGAUGUCUCGCAUGUCAUCAACAUGGUUGCCUAGCACUGUAGGGUGAAAAGUCACCUCAUUAAUUAUGUCACGUUACGGUGUUAAGUUUCAUAUCGGCUUGAUUAUGUUGAAGAUUCAGGUACAGAGAGACUACUGGCCGUUUUCACUGCUCACCUGGCUCGUCAUUGUCACUUCAGCUAGUAUACAUAGUUACUUUUUGUGCAGGAGGAGGACUGAAUUAAUUUAGUUUGGUUUGUACGAGAGAUUCGUUCCCCUUCCCAAACCGCCUGCGUCACUCUAUCAUGUUCUUCUUGUCCUGUGGUGGUAGUAGGAACUGAUGGUGAAUGAUUUACUCAGCCUAACAGUCCACUGUCGGCAUGAAGCAGUUUUCUUUCUUCCAACCACGCAAAUGUGCAUGUUCAGCCCAAGUUGACCACACUAUGUUACUUCCACUAAUCUCAAUAAUAAUCAGACCUGAAAUGAUGCUCAAACCCCAGGAACCCAACAGCUUUUGGAGCCUACCCUUCCGUUCCUUUUUGUCCUCCCUCUGCCUUCCGCUUCCCUCUUUGCUCCUUUUUUUCACUGCUAAACUGUAAAUAUCAAGUACCUUUUAUUUUAUUUUGUUAUUAUUGUUAUUAUAUUGUUGUUCUUGUAAUUUUUUUUCUUUAGUAGACCGGUGCAGCAGCAGCCGGACUGUUUAUCCUCAGUCACAGUCUGUAAAUACAAGUUCAUUUCAGUCCCUGGUUCAGAAGGGGAAAAACAGAACAAAAUGUUUCAUUUUUAUUCUCUCUCCCUCCAUUUCUCUCUUCACGACUUUUCCUUUUCCCCCAUAAAUGUUGUCAUAACUGUUUUAUUUAUUCUAUUGUGUUUUUUUGGGUGGGGGGGAUGGAUCUUUUUCCACUGGGGUGGUACAAUUGAGUGGUUAAGGUUUUGUUUUUUUUUUAUUCCAAAUUUUAGUCCAGCAAUGUCACAUGUAAAACGAUUUCACAUCCAAGAUACUGUACUGAGAUCCAGACGUUGGUGUGUAUGUGUGCUUUCCGAUUAGUAGUCUUGUGUGUAUGCAGGUGCACAUGGUAGCCAACAGGUGGAACUCCAGUUUUUCAUUUUAACUUCAAUGUGAAGGGAAUGUUACAAGCCUCUGGAUCUGUGGUGUUGGGAGAGAGCACGGAUCACCGUGUGUGUGUGUGCGUGCGUGCGUGCGUGCGUGUGUGUGUCUGGAGGAAAGGGGAAAUAAUGAAUCUGUCCAUUGACCUAUAUCAUCUCCUGUGUCCGACCGUCUCCCAUUUUCGCUUACUGUAUGUCGUACGAGUGUGAUGGGUCCUGUUAGUACUGUGUAUGUUUCACAGAUACUUCAUGAGUUUCUUGAGGUGUGUGCGUGCGUGCGUGGAUAUUAUUCUCAGUACUCCUGACUUCCUAAAUGAAGAGCUGAUUAAAUGUGCUAUUUUAAUGCUUUUUUUUUCCAUCUUCUGAUCUGUCACUUUGUUUUUAAUUUGCUGUGACCCUGCUCUUUUAUCACCCUCACAUCUGAGGGUAAAAUGUCAUUGUUGGGAACAGAACGGUUGGAAAAAGGAGAUGAUUAACAAGCAGAGAGAGGGAUGGAGGGAGAGAGACAGUUUUUGUUUGUUGGUAUAAAUAAUUAAACUCAUUAAUAAAGUGAUGAAACUGU